AGGCGAUCACGAGCAGCAGACAACACAACAGUGCAUGGGGAAGGCUGUAUGCACACAAAGCGGUGUCAGCUAUAAUGUGUUUUCUGUUUUGAUUUCCUUUAAAGCAAAAUCAAAGGCAUCCAUCAACUGGAGGCAAAUAUAGAAAAAGAAGCACCACUUUUUAAAAUAUAUAAUAAAAAUGGCCAGCACGAUUCUCUCACAGCUGGGCUGGGACGAAGGUUUCGCCAUUCCGGUCGCAAACACAGAGAAUAAAACUCUGGAAGAAGAGCUAAAAAAGAAACAAGCUGAGAAUGCUCAAUUGGAGAAUAAAAUUAGUGAAUUUGAAGACCGUAUCAGUGCAAUGUCUGAACACUUGAAAAAUGUUAGACAAGAGCUGAAUCACACACAGGCUGUUUGCAGAGCUAGAGAGAAAGAGGUGGAGUCUGAGAUGCACUUCAAGGCCCUAGCUGAAAGAGAGAUGGGACGUCUUCGGCAGGAGAUUCAGAGACUUGAAAAUGAGCUGAUAGCCAUGAGAGAAAAGAGGAACGUGCAGGAGAACAAUAUUUUCAAAGUAAACCAAAAACUGGAAAAGCUGAAAAACCAGCUGAACUGGGAUCACCAAGCCCUGGAGGCCUGGCUAGAGGAGUCUGCCCGAAAAGAUGAAGAUGCAAUGACAAUCAUCAAGUAUGCUAAGCAGGAUGAAGGAAAAAUAAGAGAGCUGACACUGCAGAUAGAGAAAAUGACAAGUGAUGCAAACCAGAAACGAAAACUUCUUGAUAAUGAGCUCACUGAGACAAUUACAGCUCAGAUUGAGCUGGAUAAAACCGCCGAAGAUUUUCGUCGAGCCCAUACAGAAAGAGAGAAUCUUAUUCAGCAGUGGGAGAGCACUAUUGAACAGAUGAGGAAGAGAGAUCAGCAGAUGGAUCAGUGCUCACUGUGGCUUGCUGAAGUGAAGCAAGAAAUCAGACAGAAAGAGGUGGUGAUAAAUGAAAAGCUUCAGUUCCUUGAAAAUGAGGUGCAAAACAAUAAGGAGUACGAAAAGAAAAUUUCUACAGCAGAGAGACAGGCUGCUAAGCUGAGACUUGACUUCAAAGAUCAGGAGAGAAACCGUUCACAGCUCCAGAGUGAGUUAGAAAGCUUAAAAGGAACUGUGGAUAGGACUGCUACUGAUCUAGAAACCAUGAGAGCCCAAGUGACAAAUCUGAAAAAGGACAUUGUGGACAAAAACAAACAUCUGGAAACAGCUAAAGAAAAUAACUCUGCUCUCCUUCACAAACUGAAAACUGUGAAUGAGUCAACAUUAAGUGCUGAGGAGAGAUCAAUCAGAAUGGAAGAAGCGCUGAAAGAAAUGGAGCAAAGUAUCAAGGACAUUGAAAACCAGUUCAAACAUCUGAAGGAACUGCAGUUCAAGAGAGCACAAGAGCUACAAAGCCAAAAAGUCAAAGAGAAAAACAUUUUGUCAGAAAUAGCUGGCGGCAGAGCUGCUCUGCAAAAUCUCAACAGCCGCCUGAAUAAACUGGAUCGAGAUUCUAUCCAACAGCAGCAACUUAUUUAUAGUCAGGAUUUCAAGAUUCAACAACUGGAGAGAAAGUUGGGCAGGCUGAAAGGUGAUGUGAACACUGAGGAGAGACAGGCCAUAGAAGCCAAGGUGACUGAGCUCACCAACACACUGGAAGAGAAGAAAGCAACUAGUAACUUGCUGACAACACAACUUAAGAAGCUGCAGGAUGAUGUCCGUUUUGUUAAAAAAGAACUGGAAAAAACAGGAUCUGAGAAGAAUGAUCUUGACACAAAAAACCAGGAGCUGAACCUUUUCAUUGAAAUCUCAGGGAAAGAACUGAAGAAGAUUAAGCAAAAUAAACAGGACUCAAUGGUUGACAUCAACAUUGUGAAACUGCACAUUAAGCGUCUACGGGACCUACUGUAUAGUAAGGCAGACCAUGUUCUUUCCUUGGAAAAAAGAAAACUUCAGUUACAGAAUGCUAUGAAAGAACGAGCAGAAGAUAUAAAGGUGCAUCAGGAAAUGCUGCAAACUCAGCUCAGGCUAGUAGACCAGGAGCGCCAAGGGCUCAGUGCAGAACUGCACGACAGACUUUCCAAAAUUGAUAAAUUAAGGAAAAGAUAUGAGAUUAUUAUGGUUUCCAUGGCACCCCCUGAGGGAGAAGAGGAUAAAUCGCAAGCUUUUUAUGUUAUUAAGGCUGCACAAGAGAAAGAGGAGCUUCAGCGUGAAGGGGAUGAACUGGAUGCUAAAAUCCGCAAGGCAGAAAAAGAAAUAAGAGCCUUAGAAAAUACACUGCAUGUCAUCAAUAGCCGGAAUUCGACCUACAGAAAAUCUUUUAAUAAAGUCACAGAAACAAGUGAAGAAUAUGAAGAAAAACUGAAACUCGAGGAACAAAAGAGAGCAGUGGAAGAGAAAUACAAAUACAAAAAAAGACAAAUCCGUGAGCUACAAGAAGAUACAAAGGCAAUGACCACCACACUCGAAUCUCUAAUCAGUGAUGAAAGGACACAGCUUGAAGGAAAUAAGGAGAUGGAAAGUAAGAUUCUGAACUUGACUAAGGAGCUGGAGUCUCAAAAGGAAAAGCUAGAGAGAGUAAAGAAACAGUGUGCAAAACUGGCCAGAGAAAUUCAAUCUGCAAAACACAGUGGAACUGAAAUUCCAGCAGAACAAGAUAUACGCCUGCGUGAAUUAAGAGAUUUUAACAAGUCCAUUAACAAGUUAUUGGUUGAAGCGAUGACUGACCACUCUGACCUGUCGUCUAUACUUCAGAUAUAUUUUCAACAGGCUCAGCUACCACUACCAACAUCAAUUUCAACCCCUGGUAGUAGGCAGAGUUCACGGCUUUCAUCAUCCAGGAGCUCCAUAUCCUCCGGCAGUGGAUCCGUCUCUUUAAGAAGCAGCCCCAGGACGGCAGCAGCGAAGUCACCCAUGAAGACUGUUAAUUUAGGACUAGGGCUGUCUGUGUCAUCCCCACCUCUUAUGACUACCACACCUCGAGAAUCUCGUCCUGGCAGUGCAGCUAGUAGCAACAGCAGUUUAAAGUAGUACUAACAUAAUUAUACAUUGUGGUUUUUAAAAAUGCAGAAUACUGUACACAGUACAUGAACUGGACUAGUUUUUAAUUGUAUUACAUUAUAGAUGUAAAUUUUACAUGAAAUUACACAGAAAAAAAAAUGUGAUUUUGAAUUUUGAUACCAAACUGAAUUCAUUAAAAUACCGAACACA